AUGCCGGAUUCGACACUCACUGACAGGAAUAGCCGCCGUCAAAUAUCCGAAGACCUUCCUCCCAAAAGGAGACGUGUCCCCAUUGCGUGCAACUCAUGCCGGGCCAAAAAAUCACGUUGCGAUGGAGACCAACCGAGCUGUGCUAUGUGUAGAGAUCAUGGUAUUGAAUGCACCUAUCUGAGAACGCCGAUCCACCCUGUCUCUGAGGACAGCAGUCAGAUUGAGGAACUCAAGGAGCGACUGCGAGCUCUUGAAACCCUCGUUGCAUCUUCAACCGCGACAUCGGCAUCACUAGAAAGUCUCUUGACGGUAGCAGCUCCAGUCCCCGGCCGGGGACUGCCUCGAACAUCAGUCCAUCAAAUCAGCCUCGUCAAUAGUCAUGAACCAGGAGGUUUUGCACGGUCCCUCACUGGCGAGUCACCCAAUACUGUGGCCGCUUCGCAGCCUGUGGACGGAAUGGGAGCUGUGAUUCUUGAGAACGAAGAGAUACUGACCUUCUUUGGGCCGUCAUCAAAUAUCACUUUCACCCGCCACAUAACGCAAAUGGUAGCCCGGCUUGGGCACCUUGCCAACCCCUGGACUUCCUCUGUUGUUGAUAAUCCGAGUUUAACUUUCCUGAACAUACCACAUUCACCACUUAAUGUGUAUGAUUUGCGGAAGGGCCAAGGUCGAGAAGUCCUCGAUCCCUUCGCGCUUCCCUCCCAGCAUCAGAUGGAGCAACUAAUAGGACACUACUUUUCGGACACUGGGCUGCUUUUUCCAAAUCUACACAGGCCUUCAUUUCUCGAAUCUUAUGUCCAGAUGAAGGAACAUGGACCAACCAGUAUGCGAAGGACGUGGCUAGCCAUGCUUAAUAUGGUCCUUGCUUUGGCCACCAUAACCAUUGAUCGUGAUGAUGCUGCAGCUGAAACCAGAGCUGCCGAGGCUCAGAAAUACUAUGAACGCGCUGCUGCAUUGUGUGAUGUGACCGUCCUCAGUGGAACAAGUCUGGAAGUGGUGCAGUACCUUAUCCUUGUAACACAUUAUCUUCAAGCAACUCAGACCUCCGUACGGACAAGCAAUGCCCUCAGUUUGGCAGUAAGUGCUGCGAUUCGCCUUGGACUGCAUACGCGCCAGGCAGCUCAGACAUUUUCUCCUUUGGAGCAAGAGUUACGCAACAGGACCUGGUUUGUAUGCAUCAUUCUCGACCGGGUGCUAAGUAUGACACUUGGUCGCCCGGCAAUCAUACCUUUUAACUAUGUCAAACUCGAUCUUCCCCGGAACAUUGAAUCAGCUCAGCAAUCGGGAUUAUUCCACGACCAAAAUACUGAAUAUAGCGUUGGCGUAUUCACCGCCACCAUCAAACUAUAUCAAAUAAUGUGGAAGGUCAUCGACCAGCAAUAUGGCCAGAACCUGGGUUUUGAUUCGCCUCCCAGUGUGGUGGAUGUUAUUUCUCCUCUUUCACGUAUUGACAAUGAACUCCGGGAAUGGGACCGAGAAUUGCCGUUGGAGUUGAGAACCAUCACGUCUUCAGAGUUAUGGGACCUUCUGGCUUCAUAUGACCCUGCCGGACCGACAGCAAAAGCCAAACGAUUCCAAGUCGUUCUCACACUUCGAUACCUGAACUUGACAAUCCUCCUUCACCGUCCGGUGUUAGUCAAAUACUUUGAACUCGCCAGUUCCUCGACCACUGACCCAUCCGAGAUGUCUCUUCUCAAUAGACUCGGACGCAACAGCAUCGAUGUUUGUUUCAGGUGCUCCAAAGAAAUCAUCUUUAUUGUAAGCACCUUGGUACAAAACGCUGGCCCUUCACGGGGACUGCUGAACGCGUGGUGGUUCACCUUGUAUUAUACAUUCAAUGCAGGAUUGGUGAUCGCCGGAAUCAUGUUAGCUUGUCAGGACUCGAACUUGACCAUUCCGGAUGCGCCAUCAAAAUUCGCGUGCAAAGAAUGUCUCGAAAGAGCAGCCAUUGCUUUGGCUCAUCUCGACGCAGGAAAUAGGAUCAUAGCGAGAUGUCACGAUUAUCUGCAACGCCUCAUAGGAGCAAUUGAAACAUUGACAUUCAAACCCCCUGAGCUCCCUGCUUCAGAAUUUAGACACCUUUCUCCCACCGGUGCUGGGUCUAACGCGUUUCUGUCGACCCCAGACUUGAUGUUCUCUCCGGCGUCUACAUCUGGGAAUGGAGUAUCGAGCAGAAAUGUUGGUGAUUUAAUGACCGGCAAUGAUCUAAGUUUCUUGAACUUUUAUUUCGCUCCGACAGGUGGUGCACCUGCUGAGAACAAUACAACCAAAUUCCCCAGUGUGAGCUAG